CCAUUGCCUAAUUCAUUCAUGGUUGAAAGCUAUGUCUCUCCGAGGGCUAGAUAUCAAGAGCGUCACGCAGACGCUACAAGAUGUGAAGACCGAGAUUUUGACCCAUCUAGACGUGUACGGUGGGUUUCUAGCAAAUCGCGACGUCUGCCGUGAGCUGGAGGCUUACUGUGAAGAUGGAAACUACGCAACGGACACAGUAGACCUCGUCAUAUACGCUCUGGCAACAAUACACAGGACCAUGUGUUGUGUUGUCCAUGUCUCUGAGCAAGGGACACUGUCUCAUAGACUGAUCGGUCCCGUCCGCAGCAAUUCUAGAAAAGACAGCAGAAUAGCUGUAUUGUAUAUCAAGGAGUUUGAACAUUACGAGGCAUUAAAACAGCUUCCCGGAAAGUCGUCACCCUUGAACUACUGGGUACCUCCCGACAGUGACAGUGAUUCGAGGGCUACAAGUAGCAGGUAUGUAUCUAUACAAGUGCGUGUAUAGUUACAAUUAUUAAUAUUGUACGACAUUGUCUAGCAUAACAAAAUAGUAUACCAGGUUGGUUAAAAAGCAUGACAUGAUGUUCUUUACAAUGUAGGCUAGCAAAAGCAAACACGUUAGUCGAGAAUCAGAUCGACCUCACCAACAGCAGCGACGAAGACGUCGAUAGCAUUAGCGACAGCCCCCUUACUUCUGGAACACAAAGAGAUGACAUUCAGAACUCUCAGAGGUUCUUCCACGACGAUCCGUUGAAGCCAUUUUUCUCCACUAGUGUAGAUUUCAGCGCAGCAGAAGAGUUGAUACUAAUUUUGACCAGACCACCGGUAAGCCGCGUCUGCCAUGCCAUGCCUUUGAGAUGCUCCAACAACGCUGUUUUCUUACUGGACACGUCAAAGUUAGACAGCUACUACGAUUUUAAAGCAGACGACCUAGGAACGUGGAGAAACAAUGGAAAGAAAGAAGCGACGUCAUCAAUUAGUGGCACCGAUGUCACGCUAAUUAGAACAUACUACGUUCAUUCGAAGCACCAUGACUUCAAAAGGCGCACAGCGGAGUUGCUGCGUGGUGGAGAAA